ACAAAUUUGCCAACAAGUUUGCUUGGAAAGAGUCGUAACUUCCCGUCGUCGCGAAAAACUGUGGGCCCCAGGCUGCUGGAACGCCCAGGCCCCUCCAUCGCAACAAAAGAAGAUCCUCUCCAUACCGCAAAAACGUCCUCCACACCACUCGACAUCACCACCCGAAAUCCUCCCUCACAGCCAGCGACUACCACGCUAUUGCCCAGCAUGGCCGCUGUCACGGAGAGAUUCAUGCAUCUCUCGCGCCCCCUGGGCCCUCAACAGGCUGGGCUCCAGUCGAGCAUUGCCCCGCUUGGUGUCAACAUCCAGCCUCAGGCCAUCCUCUCGAUUCUCGACCACGCUACCCGACGAGACGUCCGCGAUGCGUCCCAGCCUAGCCGCGUCAUCGGCGCUCUCGUGGGCACCCGAUCCGAGGACGGUACCGAAGUCGAAGUCCGGUCCUGCUUUGGCAUCCCGCACACCGAGGAGGAGGACCAGGUCGAGGUCGACGUCGAAUACCAGAAGAACAUGCUCGCCCUGACCCUCAAGGCCAACCCGCGCGAGGCCCUGCUCGGCUGGUACACCACCUCGCUCGAGCUCAACAGCUUCAGCGCCCUCAUCCAGAACUUCUUCGGCAGCCCGGACACCGGCACCUUCCCCCACCCCGCGAUUCACCUGACGGUGUCGACCGACCCCAGCACCGCCAUCGAGACCCGAUGCUACAUCUCCGCCCCCGUGGCCGUCAACUCGGAGCGCGCGGCCGAGAGCUGCCUGUUCAUGCAGGUCCCCCACAAGAUGCUCUACGGCGACGCGGAGCGCUCCGCCCUGGGCGCCAUCUCGGCCGCCAAGGACAACGAGAACCGGAACGCCCCUCUCGUCUCGGACAUUGAGGCCCUCGGCGCAUCCAUCGAGCAAACCAUCGGCCUCCUCGACCGUGUCAGCGAAUGGGUGAACGGCGUGCUGGACGAGGACGAGGAGCCCAACGCGGCGUUGGCUCAGUUCCUCAUGAGCACCCUGUCUCUGGCGCCCAAGGUGGACCCGGAGCAGAUUGAGCACGACUUCAACAACCACAUCCAGGACGUCCUCAUGGUCGGCUACCUGGCCAACACCAUCCGCACCCAGAUCGAUCUCUCGCAGAGGUUAGCCACGGCGAAUAUCCAGAUUGGCGAGAAGGAGGGCGAGAACAAGAACGAGGGUGACAAGGACGGUCAGCGCGGCGGUGGCAAGCGUGGCGGCCGAGGAGGCCGUGGUGGAGGCAGGGGAGGUGGUCAACAGCGUGAGCCCCGGGAGCCUCGUGAACCUGCGGAAUAGGGCGUCGGCAUUUCACGAUAGAACGACAAGUGGCGAGUUCAGGCAUUCAUUGGCAUAGUGUUCCUAUACUGCUUACUCAGGCGUUGCGGAAGGUCUAAAAGAGAGAAAUUCUUUGACCGCUGGGAUUUAUAGCCAAAAAAAUGAAAAAGAAAGAUUGUCAAAAAAUAAAACUACGCGAGAGACUCGUCAUUCAUGGAAUGAUGAU